AUGGCGCCACCAGGCAACGUGAUCGCCAUACCACCUUUGCAUAGCUUAACAUUGAGGACCACGGCAGAUGGCUACCCUGCAAUCCAACCUGAGCAAUUUAGAGGGCUUGGUCGCGGCCGUGUAGCCCUUAUCACUGGUUCGGGGCGCGGAAUAGGCAAGUCGAUCGCACUGGCUUUCGCGAAGGCUGGCUACUCCGUCUGUGUGACUGCUCGCAAUGCCUUAGAAGUUGAAGACACGGUCUCCGAGAUCCGUAAAGCAUCACCUGACGUAAAAGCAAUUGGAGAGGCCGCAGACGCCUGCAAACUCGCGGACCUGGAGAUGCUGGUCCAGAAAGUCAACGAGCAGCUUGGUGUCAUUGAUGUGCUUAUAUGCAAUGCGGGAACCAAUACAUUCAUGCCAUUCACAAUGACUGAUCCGCAAGACUGGUGGUACUCUCUUGAGAUCAACCUAAAGUCGCCAACGGAGCUCACACGACUAGUACUCCCUCAGAUGCGGAAGGGCAAUUCUGGAACGAUCAUUUACACAUCGUCUCGUGCCGCUGUCGCUGAUCUCCCAUGGACCACAGCUUAUGGCGCAAGCAAGACCGGCAUCACCCGAUUUGCAGCAUGCUUGCAGAAUGAACUAGACCAGACUCAGAAGAUCGACUUUGGCCAUGAGCGCAACGGGAUCGCGUUGUACAGUAUCCAUCCUGGCGAAGUGAAGACUUCGUUGCACACGACAGGCUUCCCGGAGAAGACUCACAAAGAAGCUCCCUACAUCAUAGAGCAUAUGAAAGCAUUGGAAGCGAAGCAUCCUCACUACGAGGCUUCUUUAGCAGCUUGGACUUGCGUGUAUCUUGCUUCAGGCAAGGCGGCAAACAUGCGCGGAAAGUAUAUUGAUUGUACCAGGGACAUUGUCGAGCAAGAAGCGCUGUACAAGUAA